CUUUUAUAUACAUUAUCGCCAAAUGGUUCGACUCGGUUCUUUCGUUGGUGCCUUGACCCUAUCGUUUGUCGUUGCACAAGCAGCACCGAUCCAAAACGAGGUGGCAGGUUUGAUCCAUGCUCAAAGCUUCUCGGAAUUGAAACACGAGGCCUUUGUGCCAAUGCAAAAGCUCGGACAAAACGGUAUGCCGGUCAAGAACAAGAACCCUGCACCAGUCGUAGCAGCAACAGCAGAAGAUGCAGCAGCAGAAGACCAUCGUGUUAUUUCGGCUGCAGCUAUUGAUAUGCCUUUCCGACCCAUCAUGGUGAAUCGAAAAAAUUUGGUCGGCAUGGAUGAUAUGGGCAAAGUUCAGACAUUGGCAGUCCCUAUGACGGUAAUUGGCGGUGGUAAUGAUGCUGCGGAUGCGGCUACCGCAUCCGUCGCUGCUCCAUCAGCAGCAUCGUCGGUGAUUGCAUCCAUGCCAAAAUAUCAUUGAAUAAUUAACAAUAGC